UGUGAAGAGGAUCGGAUCGUAGUGCAGUGAGCUUCAACCAACGGAAGACUGGGGUGUUCCUGGAAUCAGAAUUAUAAUGGACCAAGGAACAGAUGCAGAGGAAGUCUGCCAUACAUCUACACUGGCUGAAAGCAAGAAUCGUCCUCCAGACAUGUCUGAGCUUCGGAUUGUGCUCCUGGGAAAGAGUGGAAUGGGGAAGAGCUCGUGUGGGAACACCAUCCUGGGAAGAGAUGCAUUUCAGACUUGCUCAUCUCCAGCCUCUGCUCCUGUGACCCAACAGUGUGACAUGGCUACAGGCAGAAACCGAGGCAGAGGCAAGCGUCUGCUUGUCAUAGAUACUCCAGACCUGUUUGACUCCCAGCUCACCUACGACCAAGUCCAUAAACAAAUCACAGACAUUAAGCACUUAACUUCUCCCGGUCCUCAUGUACUACUACUAGUUAUUCAACCAAGUAGACUGGGAUGGUUUGAGGGUGUGGGACUGAAAAUGAUAGAGGAAGCUUUUGGUGACAGAGCUUUAGCCUUCACAAUGGCCAUUUUCACACAUGUUGAUAAUGAGGAGGAACGUACCUUUAUUGAUCUACCCGUCAGCAAAAACUUACUAGGGCUGCUCAGUAACAGAUAUCAUUUGCUAAACAACACAGACAAAGAUGACCACCAUCAGGUCAAUAGCCUCUUAGAUAAGAUUAACAAGAUGGUAGAGGAGAAUGCAUGCCUCUGCAACCCUAAAACUUGGACUGAAUAUGAUAGCUUGGCUAGUCAUGUGUCAAAAUAUGACUCUAUCACAAGACCUGAUCCAGUGGGAGAGACCAUGUGUCAGAAGGGUGAUAGGCGCCACGCUGAACAGGAAGCACCCGAGCCGAGAUUGACGCCGAAACCCUGGGAGCAAGUCUCUACAGCACAGGGGGGGAACAGGCAGAGGGGGAGACUCACAGAGAAAACACUGGGAAUGUUGUGAAGGAGAGUGUGCGGCUCGUCCUACUCGGGAAGACAGGAGUGGGGAAAAGUGCUACAGGGAACACCAUUCUCGGUAGGAGGGAAUUUCAGUCUUCAAGUAUGCAGCAUUCUGCCACAAUCAACUGUGAGAAGAAAAGCACAGUGAUUGGUGAGAGAGAGGUAGAGGUUAUUGACACCCCUGGACUGUUCAAUAGCGCUUUAACACCCGAGAAGGCUUGCGAAGAAAUUGGAAAAUGCAUUAGUUUUGCAUCGCCUGGGCCCCAUGUGUUCCUGCUGCUGCUCUCUGUGGGACGCUUCACCCAAGAGGAGAG